AAAUCAAAAACCACAAACACCAGAACACACUUCCAUAAACUCUCGCUGAAACCAAACAUAAGAAGAAGAAGAAACAUGGAAAUGAUCAAGGCCUCAUGGGUUUCCAUUUUCGCCUUUGCGGCGAUUCUCCUUGUGAUUAUAGUACCGGCGGCAGAAGCGGUGACGUGCUCGCCAAUGCAGCUAAGCCCAUGUGCAUCGGCAAUAACGUCGUCUUCUCAACCUUCAGCGUUGUGCUGCGCGAAGUUGAAGGAGCAGAAGCCAUGCCUCUGUGGGUACAUGAGAAACCGUAGCCUCCGUCGCUUUGUCAGCUCUCCCAACGCUCGUAAAGUCUCUAACCGCUGCAAGCUUCCCAUCCCAAGGUGUUGAAAACU